AUGAGCGGGGCAGGGUCUGCGGGCACUGCCCUGCUGUGCGUAGACGGGCUGCCACCGCUACCCAAAAGCCUGAGCGGGCUGCUGCACUCGGCGGCGGGUGGCGGCUGGCGGCACCUGGAGCGGCUGCGGCUGUACGCACAGAAGUCGCUCAUCCAGAACGAACUGAGCCGAGGGGCCGCAGGCGGUGGAGCGCGGGCUGCAGGGACGCGGACCAAGCCCCGCAACCUGGACGCCAUGCUGGCGCUGUUGCGCAAGACGGUUGGCCUCCGACAGCUGGACAUGUCCUUACUCUGCCAACUGUACAGCCUCUAUGAGUCCAUUCAGGAGUACAAGGGAGCAUGCCAGGCAGCCUCCAGCCUGGAUUGCACCUACGCCCUGGAGAAUGGCUUCUUCGAUGAAGAGGAGGACUUCCAGGAGCAGGGCUCUCCCCAAGAAGGCCAGGGCUGAGGCCUCCCCGGGACUUGUCACUACCUUUACCUCUCCAGCAGUGACUGUGUUCUGGAGUCUAUCUAA